AUGGAACAUCCACCUAUCCCACCCUACCUAUCGGAUCCUCCAGAAGAAGAACCAAUCCUCAAGAGUUUCCACUUCAAUUCCCCGAAUCGUCCAACUAUGAGGUUUCAGUCUGAUACCAUUGAAGAUGUUAUCAUCUUUUGCGAACCGUACCGAAUCUCAUGUGCAAUUGUAGAAUCUACAUCUAUUACUCCAAAUCCUGUACCAUUGCCAACGAAGAAACAGAAUAAGAAACGAAUGUUCAAGAAGCUACCGGAAACAAAAUGGAUUCGACGAGUAAUGCAAUUCUUCGAGUCGAUCGAUCCAAAAAGUGAAUUUAAUACAAAUGAGGAUCUUGAGGAGUAUCUGUACAACAAAUCGUUGGAGAUCCAACCAAAAGGACUGGAAACGCCAACGUCUGAAGUGAAACCAAAGCAUAACUCAUCGACACUCCGAUCACCUGGAAUCAAGCCACCAAAACCAGGAAACCACUACUCUGCGAACCAUCCACUCGGACUUCAUCUUCACUCGCAACACUCCCAUUCAGCUCCACACGGAAUGUCUCAUCAAUCGAAUACCGUACCAAGCACCCCGGUUACAGCUCACGAGACGAAGAGAAGCUUGUCACAAAAUCAGGAAGAGAGUCAGUUUGCUAUGGUUGAUGUCAGAUAUGAUCGGAAAGGAACUCAUCAGAAAAUUCCUGUUCUUCAACCACCACCACUUCUUCCACGUUCUCGUCAAUUCAAUCAACCAAUCAACAGUGUUCAUUUGCCACCAACCACUCAAGCUCCAAUGCCUCCAGCACCAAAGACAUCUACUAUUAUGAGCACAGCAUCAAGCCCAACGAGUACCUCAACGACUCCAAGUUCAGCUCUUGGACCGGCUCCAAAGCUUCAUCCAAGACGUAUGCCUCAGCCAAUGUCUCCAUUGGCUAAGUCUCCAUUGACUCCAUCUAAAGACAACUCUUCAACUGCCUUCCAAUUCCCUGUUGUCUACGAAGUGGCGCCUCCACCACUUCCGCCACGACCAUCAGCCUCUUCUGAUGCGUCAUCUCCAAGCACGUCGGGUGCCACUAAAGAAAAUCAAGAGCAACUCAGAGUUAUCUUCGAUCGCGAAGAAUCCCAUUCGCCAACCGUCCGAUUGUCCGUUGCCCUCCCACCAGCACUUCCUCCACCGAGAGGAUCCGCCGUAUCCAGGGCGCCACCACCACUGCCGCCAAAGUCAAACCGACGCAACAGCAGCAGUCCAACAUCAUCUUCGGACCCUUUCGACGACCCAACGUCUCCUUCGAUUUUCGUCAACACCCCACCACCUCCACUGCCCCCAAAAACCUACAGAAUCACUAAGAAGUAA